AGGAUAAAAAAUGAAAAAGUCCCCGCCCAGCCCCUCACUUUUGGGCUUGUCAGCCCUCACUUUCAUAUUCAUAUUCAUGGCCAUGGCUGGUUCAUUCCACCAUGGAUGAAUCCCUUGUUUUAUAGGUCCCACUUCCGCCCAAUAUUAGCUACCUUCCUCUUUCCUUUCUUUUCUCUGCUCCCUCGUUUUGAUUUUCCCCUUCAAUUCCCUUCUGCUUAACCCAAAGAAAAAGAAGCAGCAACUUCCAUGGAGAAGGAAACACACGAUUUCAUGAACGUGGAAUCCUUCUCCCAGCUUCCCUUUAUCCGCCCUUCCCCUGUUAAAGAAAAGGGUGCUAUUCGUUUAUUCGGCAAGGACUUCGGCUGCGGCGACUCAGCGACGGAGGCCACCGAGUCCGACAACAACAACAACAAUGAAGACACUACCAAGGACAACGAGAAUGGAGAUAAUAAUAACAACAGCAGCAGAAGAUUUGAGUGUCACUAUUGUUGCAGAAACUUCCCCACUUCCCAAGCUUUAGGUGGUCACCAAAACGCUCACAAAAGGGAACGCCAACAUGCCAAACGGCAACACAACAAUUCUUUUUCUUUAUCCGAUGCUCAUAAUGAUAUUUAUGGCUUUUUUAACUAUAGGCUACCCUCACCCUCGAUGCCGUCAAUGCCCGCUUACCCUUCAUGGAACAAUACCAUUAGCACUAGGUUUUCUAACCCUCCACCACCCAUCAAUGGCAAUCCACUGGGUGUUUGGAGAAUCCCUGCUACGCUUCAAACUAACUCCUGUAAUUUCAACCCUGACCGUUCAUCAGCGCAUCCGUUGCCGUUGUUUGCCGGUGAUGAGUUUCUGCCGUCGUCUCAGGCUGGCGGUGGUGGUGAUUCAAGUUCCGAGAGUCAUAGGUACGUUUAUGAAACGAAGGCAAGCGUUAAAGACAAUGUUAGCUUGGAUCUACAUCUGUAAUUCAUUUCGUAAUAAACUUGAAAAGAAAAUAUCAUGUGUUUUUCCCUUUUAGCAUCUUGGAUUUUACUAUUUUUAGUAUGUAAAUGAAAUGAUUUACAAUCUCUUCACUAAUCUAAACUAAAA